AUGUCUUUUAAAUCAUGGGGUGGAUCAAAAAAAAAGUCUUCUUCUUCAUCAUCUGCUGAAGACUCACGUGGAACUUACUACCCCCAUCAUCAACAACAACAACAACAACAACAUCAACAACAGCAUCAACAGCAUCAACAACAUGAUAGCUUGUACCAACCACAAGCUGUAAACCCUUAUGCUCAUACAGCUACUGGAACAGCUGCCCCCAAUCCUUAUGCAAAUGGAACUGGUGGUACUGGAAGUUUGAGUGUGGGUUCUAUUUCUGCAGCCAACAUGGCGCGCAGACCGAGUCCCAACCCAGGCAUGCAUCAACAACCGUAUCAACAACGUUCACAAUCACAACAGCAUUACCCUCAACCUCAACGAUACCAACAACAAACUCCUCCCCCACAACAACAACAGCAACAACAAUAUCGAUUCCAACCUCCUCGAGCUGCCUCUGUGGGAGGAGCAGUAGGAGUAGGAGUAGGAGUAGGAGCAGGAGCAGGAGCAGGAGCAGGAGCAGGAGCAGGCGUUGCAGAUCUUAAUAGUGGAUAUAACUUUAACAAUGCAGUGAAUGCUGGAGGACCCUCGAGAACAUACACACCUACGCCACCACCACCAGGAACAGGUCCAGACGCUGCAGGAACAUGGAUGUCACGUAACAGUAGUGUAUCAUCAUUGUCACCACGGACGUCUCAGUUUGAUCAGCAACAGCAACAGCAGCAGCAGAAACAGCUACAUUCACAGUCACAGUCACAGUCACAGCCACCGCCACAACCUAGUGAGCACGUGCUAGCGCAGCAGGAACCCGUAUCAUCUGGUGGUAUUUCGUCGGUACUUUCUGGAGGAUUUUUUUCACGGUUCAAGUCAAGUAUUUCAAGUGCCACUCAGCAAGUAUUUUCGCGUGAUGUGGAUGGCGAUACGGAUGAUGACACAUUGAUUGCUGGAGCCUUGGUUCGGUACUAUGCUGAAAAUGGGACUGGAGUAAUCCCCUCAUGGCUUGCAGAUGCAAAAGCUACCCGGACUUAUAAUGCUAAAAUGGGUGGGGCUACUGUUAACAUUGCACAUGGUUCAAAUGGAGUUAUGAGUUCACCGGGAUCAUUUUCCGGGUCUUUGGCCGGAGCUCCUGGUUCUAAUGAAGUGUACUAUCCUCACCAUCAUAAUCAUAACAAUAACAACAGCAUGCAACAACAACGUGCAUAUUCUACAGCUACCGGGGCUGGGAGGUACGGUGGUGCAGGUGCGUCUCAGCUUCAGGAUAUUUAUCGUAAAGCUUCAGCUGCAGAGCUGGCAUAUGGAGGAAAUGCGGGAGCAGGAGCGGGAGCAGGAGCAGGAGCAGGGGGUUUACAUGGUGGCAACGUGUCGGGUCCGGCGGGCCGGGCUGCAUCGUCGCCGGCUGCAACAGGAUACCAAUACAUGUCAUGGAGCGCCAACAAGUCUGGAGUUACAGGAGUUGGAGCAAACAAUAACAAUAAUAAUAAUAAUAAUAAUAACGGUGCAUCAUCUGCAAACAGGUUUAGAGAUAGACUCAAGUCGGCAAGACCGUCAUUGGAUCUGGGUGACCAUUAA